GAAGCACCUUGCAGGUGACAUCACUGUUGCCCAAGGCAACACCUGUAUCUUAAGGUAGAUGGGGAAGAGAAAGACCAGCCUCAACUGUAAGAAGAGACAUAGAGUUGAAAGAAAGGGACGUAGAAGGAGUAACAUCCACAGAGCAUGUGUCAUCUGGUGACCACCCUCCUCAGGCCUUGGGUCUCCACCACAGCCCCAGGCGCUUGGUCGUAUAACCCCAAUCCCCAGGAAGAGAGGAAGGGAAGGAGCCCCGUGCCAGCAAGGGCGGCAGGUUCCAGGAGGCCAUGGCCAUGGGGCUCUUCCGGGUGUGUCUGGUGGUGGUGACAGCCAUCAUCAACCACCCACUGCUGUUCCCGCGGGAGAACGCCACAGUCCCCGAGAAUGAAGACGAGAUCAUCCGCAAGAUGCAGGCACACCAAGAGAAGCUGCAGCUGGAGCAGCUGCGCCUGGAGGAGGAGGUGGCACGGCUGGUGGCUGAGAAGGAAGCCCUGGAGCAGGUGGCAGAGGAGGGCCAGCAGCAGAAUGACACACGUGCGGCCUGGGACCUCUGGAGCACUCUCUGCAUGAUCAUCUUCCUGAUGAUUGAGGUGUGGCGGCAGGACCAUCAGGACGGCCCCUCACCCGAGUGCCUGGGCGGUGACGAGGACGAACUGCCUGGGCCAGGGAGUGCCCCCCUGCGGGGGCUCACUCUGCCCAACAAGGCCACACUCAGCCACUUUUAUGAGCGCUGCAUCCGGGGGGCCACCGCUGAUGCCGCCCGUACCCGGGAGUUUGUGGAAGGCUUUGUGGAUGACCUGCUGGAGGCCCUGAGGAGCCUCUGCAACCGGGACACAGACAUGGAGGUAGAGGACUUCAUUGGCGUGGACAGCAUGUAUGAGAACUGGCAGGUGGACAGGCCUCUGCUAUGUGACCUCUUUGUGCCUUUCACACCCCCUGAGCCCUACCGCUUCCACCCAGAGCUCUGGUGCUCCAGCCGCUCGGUGCCCCUGGAUCGCCAAGGCUUUGGCCAGAUCAAGGUGGUCCGAGCCGACGGGGAUGCUCUGGGCUGUAUCUGCGGCAAGACCAAGCUCGGGGAAGACAUGCUGUGCCUUCUCCAUGGCAAGAACAGCGUGGCACAGCCCUGCGGGGGCGAGAUGGAAGACCUGCUGUGUGCCAGAGGGUCCCCAUACCUGGACACGGUGCAGGUCAUGAAGUGGUUCCAGGUGGCCCUCACCAGAGCCUGGCACCGCAUUGCCCGCAAGUACGAGUUCGACCUGGCCUUUGGCCAGCUGGACACCCCGGGGUCCCUCAAGAUCAAGUUCCGCUCAGGGAAGUUCAUGCCUUUUAACCUGAUUCCAGUGAUCCAGUGUGAUGACACAGACCUGUACUUUGUCUCCCACCUUCCCAGGGAGCCUCCUGGGGACACCCAGGCUCCCAGCACUGACUGGCUCCUGUCCUUUGCUGUCUAUGAGCGACACUUCCUCAGGAUGACGUCGAAGGCGCUGCCUGAGGGCUCCUGCCACCUCAGCUGCUUGCAGAUCGCCUCCUUCCUGCUCUCCAAGCAGAGCCGCCUGACUGGCCCCAGCGGGCUCAGCAAUUACCACCUGAAGACGGCACUGCUACACCUGCUGCUGUCCCGGCGGGCCUGCGACUGGCAGGCAGAGCAGCUCGACAGGCGCCUGCACGAGCUUCUCUACUUCCUGGAGAAGAGCCUGCUCGAGAAGAAGCUCCAUCACUUCUUCAUCGGCAACUGCAAGGUGCCUGAGGCCAUGGGGCUCCCCGAGGCUGUGCGCAGGGCCGAGCCUCUCAACCUCUUCCGGCCCUUUGUCCUGCAGCGAAGUCUGUACCGCAAGACAGUGGACUCCUUCUAUGAGAUGCUGAAAAAUGCCCCAGCGCUCAUUAGCGAGUAUUCCCUCCAUGUCCCUGCAGACCAUGGCAGCCUGCCGCCGAAAGCUGUCGCAUUGUAGAGCAUGUGGGAGCCCAGGUCCGGGACC